GAGGACUUACUGGUUAUUUUUUCGGAUGUUUAUGUGUAUAUUUUAUAGUUAUAUAUGUAUUUAAGCUGUUAUUUGUUGCCCUGUUGUUGUCUAUAUACGGGCGGCCCAGACAAAGAACCACUUAAUAACACACGUUAAUAAUAAUUUGUGUCUAUACCAGGCCGGUAAUCCCGCACGGGGCGGCCCGGACAACACACACACACACACACACACACACACACACACACACACAAUUACCCUUAGCCCUGCGAGACCCUAGUAGAAAGGGACAGUAGUAGCAGUAGUAGUAGUAGUAGUAGUAGUAGUAGUCAGUAAUCUUAUAGCUGCCUCCUUCAUUGUGUAGAUAUGGGUACUAACAAAGGCUGUGGUUAGGUUAGGUUUACAUCAAUUCUGUUCAGUUAUAUUGCAGUUGAUUAAUUCGUUGUGUAGGUACAUAUGUUAACUAACGAAUACUGUGGUUAGGUUCAAAUCAGCAGAGGUCUUAUAUUUCACACUUGCUUCCUUCACUGGCUGGAUCUGUUGUGGUGGCUAACUUGUUCACCUCACUAGUCACUGUAGCACUGAGGCAAACACUGUGUGAGGCGCCUCCAUCCGGUGCUUGGGCAGACAGCAAAUACCCGCAUGACGUCAGGCUCACCAUGGCGGAGAUCAUUGACAUUUCGGACGACGACGUGGUGAUAGAGGAGGACCCAAAGAAGAAAGGCACCAACACCACAGCCGGCAGCAAUAAACGUGCCUUCCGCUGCCUCAACUCGGACUGCCGGGCGGAGGAGAAGUUGAUCAAGGCGGAGGAGUACGUGAGGCGGUACUUUGGUGUGCUGCCAUACCCCAAAAAGAAGCGGGUGUGUGAAAGCUGUCUGUCAGAGGCGCAGCAGCAGCAGGACUCCCUGGUGGACUGCCUCACUUCGGGCAGACUCCUUCUGGCUGAGAAGAUUCCCCCACCCAAGACCACUGUGGUGCUCACCGACUCAGACUCAGACCCCUCGGACGAUGAAGUGGAAUCAUCAGGACUGGAGUCAGAGUAUGUGUUUGAGGAGGAGGAGGACGGCUUCUCACUGGAGGAGACCAUUCUGGCCCUCACCAAGGAGCUCGGCCUUUACCGCCAGGUUAAAGAGGGAGCCAAGCACCUGGAAGAUGAGCUGCUUAAGAUACAAGAGAGCUUCAGUAACCUUGAGUCGGAGUACAGCAAGACAGAAACAAGUCUCGACAAUGUACGCAAAGAUUUCUACAACACAUUCCGACUUGAAAUUAUGUGGCAGAACGCCCUGGACAUCGGCCCCUCAAGCACCCUCACACAACAGGAUGGGAGCGGAGAGGUGAUAGCGGAGUCGUCGGUGGUGGUGCCCAAUGAAAACCUACCUCCUGUGGGCCCCUUGCAGCGAUGGGAGCUGGCACCCAAUGAGAUGGUUUAUGCCAUGAAGUACUCCCUCUUUGCACGAUGGGUGCAGGCACAGAUCAUUGAGGUGGAGACAAGGAAGCCCAAUAACACGGCCUACCGAAUCCGCUACAACCGUAAUGCCAAGGGAGCCGGUCUUCCGAGGAUCAUACCGGGCCGGCAGCUGGCGUACUAUGAGCCCUGUGCCACCCGUAUCCCAGUAGGCACUCGCAUCAUUGCUAAGUACAAGGAUGACGACCCCAAGAACACAACAAUCUCAGGGUCCUUUUAUGUGGGCAUUGUGGCGGAGAUUCCAACUGUUGCCAAUAAGUACAGGUACCUGAUUUUCUUCGACGACGGUUAUGCACAGUACGUCCAUCAUGCUGACAUCCGAGUGGUGGCAGAGUCCUCGGCGUGCUCCUGGGAGGAUGUGUCGUCAGAUUCAAGGGAGUUCAUCAAGGAGUACCUGCAGAUGUACCCCGAGAGGCCCAUGGUACGCCUGCAGAAGUGGAACUACGUCAAGACUGAGUGGAAUGGCCGCUGGUGGAGGGCGCAGGUGAAGGAGGUGGAUGGUUCACUAGUCAAGAUGUUCUUCCCUCCACUGGAAGGUCGCUGUGAAUGGAUCUAUCGUGGCUCCACUCGCCUCAGUCCACUGUUCCACAAGAAGAUGAACAUCCAGGCCCAGGCAGAGCAGCCUGUGCGCGCCAUCAGGAGGAGGACAGCCGCGCUGCCCAGCAGGGCGGUGGUGGAGUACGGCACCUUCGGGCAGGACCAGGACCUGGACACUGCCACACCAGCCGUGCCCACCCCAUCAGCUGAAGUGCCCGGCCAGCCCCGUUCAGUGGCCAGGAAGAGUACCUCCCGCCCCUCCCGGCCUGGCACGCCGCCCAAGGAGGUUCUGCUUAAGGUGGAACAGGAAUCAAGGGGCUUCACCAAUCAACAUUCCUUCCAAGACAAGGUGGUCAAGUUUGCCACCCACCUGUGCACCUCGCAGUGUCUGGGUGCCGGCGAUAGCAUGAAGAAGUACAAAGGCCUGUCUCCACUCCUGCAACCACUCCUCUUUGGCUGGCGCAGACAGUUUGUGAAGAUCUGCCGCAAGACGGUGAACCGCUACGAGAUUUACUACACAGCUCCAUGUGGCCGCCGGCUGGGGAGCAUUGAGGACGUGUUCAAGUACCUGCUGAUGACCGAAUCCAACCUGGAGGUGGACUGCUUCUCCUUUGAGCUAAGCGUCAUGGUCACACACGAGUGGGAGCCCUUCAAGAAGAUUGUGGACAUUGAGGACUUCAGCAAAGGGGAGGAAAAUGUUCCCAUUUCCUGCGUCAACUCCCUGGAGGAAGUGCUACCCCAGGAGUUGAGGUACUGCAAUGUCCGUAUUCCCACUGAGGAUGUGCCCUUAGACCUGGACCCAGACUUCCUGGUGUGUUGUGACUGUACUGAUGAGUGCAGGGAUAAGAGUAAGUGUGAGUGUUGGCAGCAGACCAUUGCCAACACCAAGAUUCUGGAGAGGCAGGAGAACCAGUCAGCUGGCUACACCUACCGCCGCCUGUUUGAGCAAGUCCAGAGUGGGAUUUAUGAGUGCAAUACAAAGUGCAAGUGCAGCAACCACUGUCUAAAUAAGGUGGUGCAGCAUCCCCUCAGGCUUAAGCUGCAGCUGUUCAAGACUGCACGACGUGGCUGGGGUGUCCGUACCCUGCAUGAUGUGCCCAGAGGCGGCUUCAUCUGUGUGUAUGUCGGCCGCAUGCUGAACGAGGCUAUUGCUAACGAGGAGGGGAAGAUAAUGGGUGGCGACGACUACUAUGCUGAGCUGGACUACAUAGAAGUAAUGGAAAGGGCCAAAGAGGGGUAUGAGGACGAGGCAGUCAAUAUAGAAGAAGACACACUCUAUCAAGCAGACCUCAAUGACCAAGGAGGAUCUGAGAGCAACGAUAGCGACAGUCUCUUCAGCGAGAACGACACGGACAACACAAAGGAGGACACUGAUUUUAGCCACCCGUCGUGCAUCAGAAGAUCUGGAGGAGUGGCCAAGAGGGAGAAGAGUGCCAGGUUGCAGGAGAGGGCAGCCAAACGCUCUCGCUCCUCCUCACAGCAGAAGAAGGAAGACAGCAGCCGUUCCAACUCUGACGAUGACCUGGCCAAGAGCAAGAAGAGCAAGAACAAAGGCAAGAAGGAAGACGACAGCAAAAAGGAAGACAAGGAAGGAGACAAGGAGAGCAGUGACAAGGAUGACAAGGAAGGAAAGAAGGAGAGCAAGGAGAAGGAUGAGGAUGAAGCAGAAGAGGAGGAUGAGGAUGCAGAUGAGAAGCAGAGGCAGCCACAGCCGUUUGUGCCUCGUCAGCUGAUGGAGGCCAACACAGCGCUGGCCAAGAGACCCAAAAGUAUCAGGGAUUACUUUGGCACAGAUGAGGCCGUGUACAUCAUGGAUGCCAAGCACACGGGGAACAUUGGCCGCUUCUUGAAUCACUCGUGUGAGCCCAACGUGUUUGUGCAGAAUGUCUUUGUGGACACCCAUGACCUGCGCUUUCCCUGGAUUGCCUUCUUUGCCAUCAGCAACAUCAAGGCAGGCACAGAGCUCACUUGGGACUACAGCUACGACGUGGGCAGCGUGGCCGGCAAGAUCAAGUACUGUUACUGUGGCGCCAGGAAGUGCAGAGGCAGGCUGCUCUAGGGGGCUGGAAUGCAAGGAGAGAAGAGUCAUUUGUCAGUUGAGAGUCUUUUUCGACAUUAAGAGUAAGUGUUUUAUAAAUGCUGAGUUUUUACUUUGCGUCAUGUCACUGCCAAAAAAUUGUGUGUUCUUUGUUCAUCGUCAUCAUUAUUGCCAUUUUGAAACGUUCUUGUAUGUGUGUGUGUGUGUGUAAGUCUGGCUGUAUGUGGUCAAGAUCUCAUAGGCAAUUUUAAACCUCUUAGAAUUAACUUUUCCUUUCACCAUCUAUCCUGUCAGUCUCUCAAGCUAUUCCUCUCCCCCUGUCAGUCUUUCAUGAAUCUAUUUCUCCCCCUGUCAGUCUCAUUAAUAUUUUUCUCUCCCUGUCAGUCUCAUUAAUUUGUUUCCUUGUCGGUCUCGUUAAUCUGUUUCUCUCCCUAUCAGUCUUUCAUUACUCUGUUUCUCUCCCUAUCAGUCUCAUUAUCUGUUUCUCUCCCUAUCAGUCUCAUUAAUCUGUUUCUCUCCCUAUCAGUCUCAUUAAUCUGUUUCUCUCCCUAUCAGUCUUUCAUUACUCUGUUUCUCUCCCUAUCAGUCUCAUUAAUCUGUUUCUCUCCCUAUCAGUCUCAUUAAUCUGUUUCUCUCCCUAUCAGUCUCAUUAAUCUGUUUCUCUCCCUAUCAGUCUCAUUAAUCUGUUUCUCUCCCUAUCAGUCUUUCAUUACUUUGUUUCUCUCCCUGUCAGUCUCAUUAAUCUAUUUCUCUUGUCAGUCUCUCAUUAAUCUUUCUCCCUAGUCUUUAAUCAAUCUUUCUCCCUGUCAGUCUCAUUAAUCUCUCCCUGUUAGUCUCAUCAACCUGUUUCUCUCUCAGUCUCAUUAAUCUUUCUCCCUGUCAGUCUCAUUUUGUUUAAUCAAUUUCUGUUUGUCAGUUUCUUAAUGUGUUUCUAUUUUUCUCUCCCUUUCAGUCUUCAGUUUAAUCUGUUUAUCCUCCUCUGAUGUCCCAUUCCUUAUCCAAACACCACAAACCUCUACUCCAUCCUUUCACCUUCCCACCUCAACUUGUCCCUGUCCUACCACACCUGUACUCUUUCAUCCCAUCCUUCCACCUUCACCUGUCCCUUUCAUAAAAUAACCAUCUGUCUCUCUACCAGGCCAGCAAUCUCACACGGGGCGGCCCAAACAAAGCGCCACACACACACACACACACACACACACAUUCAAGUAACCAUUCAUACUACAAGCAUCACAGUUCCAUCCACUAACACACAUGCCAGUCUGUCAGUCAUUCCACUUUUAGUCUACCACCCCCAUUACUCUUGAAACUUUAAUAUUUGUGUGUCGUAAAAUAAAGAUGAAUUUGU